AUGUCUACCGAAGAUAUCCGCAUCGAACCCAUCACCAAUCCUGAUGACUUCGAAGGUGCCUUCGAGGCGGUGGCCAACGCCUUCGGUCGUCAAACUAACGAUGCAAUCUGGAUCGCCUUCAACCCAGGCUGGGAUACACCUGAGGGCGCAAAAGCUGGUGCUCAACGUCUAGCAGACCAGUUCAAGUCAGUCACUCAAAACCGCGAUGGAAAGCCCAACACUGUCUUUGUCAAAGCCACAGUCAACAACACCAUCGCCGGUAUGGCAACCUGGCAUCAAGCUUCCGUCGUAGAAGGCUGGGGCGACGCACCGGGCGAUCUCACAAAGGGGUCUUUCCUGGAGGACUUGUACCCUGGAAACAAGACUGAGCAGAAGUUCCUCGUGCAGGCGGAUAAAUCACUCUUCAGUCGUCGACGCGAGAUCAUCAAGGAGAAGGCUUCCGCUGAGAAGCCGGCUGUUUUUGCGAUGGAUCUUUGUGCCGUUGAUCCCAAGUUCCAGAGAAGGGGUCUUGCGAGGAAGUUGGUCCAGUGGGGAUUGGAUGAGGCUGUGAGAAGGGGAGAUUUGGAGUGUAUUACUGAGGGAUCGAGUAUGGGACGGUUGGUGUACCUGCAGAUGGGUUUCAAGGCGGAUAGUGAGACGGUUUAUGAGAUGGAUGAGGAGUUUAAGGAUAGGGAGAUGCCCUCGAAUGUUGUUCUGAGAACUGGUGGACAAUAA